AGGUACUCAUUAGGAAAGAAGACUUUGGCAAAGUUGGGCACGAAUAUGGCUUUAGAACAGCUAAGUGAGGUCGUGCAGAGAUGUCAAGCAGUCCACGGAGAAAACUUUUCGCCAGAGGAUUAUGGUCUUUUCCAGUCAGCUGGACAAAUGUGUAUAGAACAAGGAGAUAGUGCACAAGUUCUGAGCAUCAUCGUAGAUGAGAAGAACAAGAACAUUGUGAGAUGCAUGGGCUGGAACCUGUUAGGCCCACUGGUGCAGGUUCUCUUGAAGAAGGAGGACAAGAAUCUUCCACACUGCAGUGCCAUUCUCACAUACCUUCUGGAGGUCUGCAGUCCGAAAGAGCUGUUGGUUGGUUUACUUGAGCAGAUUGAAGAGGCCCAAUCAGAUGUCAUUGCCGAAACAAUUACCUUACUGCUCAAGCCCUUACAGAUAGUGCUGCUGAAGCUGGGAAGGAAGAAGGCCUCCUCCGUGGGCAUGGCUCUCUCCACUCUACUCAACCAGGUGGCAAGGCUGCCGGUGCCUGGCACCGCGGAGCAGGAAGUGGAUGACGUGUUUGGCCUUUGCCACUGCCUCACAGCCCUGCUCGUCUUUGUCAAACCCUUUGUGGAGGAGGCCAGAGAAAACCUGCAAGAAAACAAAGAAAACGAGCUGAGGACAGAAAUACUCAAAUUCUGUAUGAAGAGUUUGCAUGAACCUCUUCUGGAGGUGCAGCUAAAGGAUCCGGACACAUUAGAAAAGUCUCCACUUCGAAACUUUGCCGCUGAGAUCCUGUCCAUUCUGUCCAGUAUUGGGGAGUCCCUUCCAGACUUGUUGAGUCAUUUUUUACUCAGGAAGAGGGGAGUCCCUGGCUUUCUAGAGGAGGAGGUCAGGUACCCAAAAGAGUCCUUGGCUUGCCUUGCACACCUCCUCUUUGUGCAGCAUGUUUCCAUGGAAACUUUUCCAGCUGUUCUCAGCCCCGAGUUUGUUCUUCAGUGCAACAUGGAGUACAUUGAGUUUCUGUUGAGCAGAACUGAAGAGUCUCGUCUGGAGAAGGGACUGGAGUUGUAUGAGAAAAGCCUGGUGAGAGUGGAAGACUGCAGUCUGCCCGUUGACCUCCUGGAGCUGAAAACUUUUUUCUCCGUCCCACAGCACCUGGUGAAAGUCAUGACGUUAUGUCCAGCCCAGCGAAUAAGAACAAAAGGACUGUCAGUGUUCCAGUUGAGCAUAGACAAAUUUAACACAGAGGCCAAAUACAAAUUCUUUAGGUGUAUGCUGAAAACCAGCCAUCAUGCUGGAGUAGAGGGCUACAUUAUUAAGAAUAUAAAAAACCAGAUUGACUCAGCCUUGAAGCCUGGGAACGCGAAUGUAUGGUUCCUGGGGACACAUCUCUUGCCUCUGCUACGUUUGGUGCUGUGCCUUCCUCAAGGUGCUGAGACAGACCUGCUCCACAACUUAGACAGGAUCAUGGAGUCACUGAACCUCCUGCGCUAUCUGUUGAUCAGAGAUAAAGAGUGGAAGAAUGAGACUGGAAUAUGGACCGAGUUGUAUAAAAUUGAAGAUAACUAUCUGAAGCCACUGCGGACGGGCCUGAACAUGUCCAAAGCGCAUUACGAAGCAGAGCUUAAUAGCGCUAAAGAUAGCAAGAAGAGCAGUACAGGAGAAUCUAAAACACCGGUCUGCACAGUGACAGUGGGCGAUGAAAAGUUACCCAGCAUGACUCCAGAGAUGCAAAUUCAGGUCCUGCAGUCUGCGUUGUUCACGUUUGAUCUGAUGGAGAGUGUCCUGGCACGAAUCGAGGAGAUCACCGAGGCCAAAUGAAGGCCCCAGGCAUGAGAGAAACAGGGUUAGACAUUACAGUGUUAACACAAAGCACUGUAGUGUCUCCACUUUGGUUUAAGCUCCACGGUCACAUCUGAAGAUUCAACAUGUCUCUGUGAGAAUCUCAUCAGUGACUGUUUCUGAAAUAAUGUGAAAAGGUCAAUAUCUGAUCUUCAAUAUCCUAUUAAAGUCAGCAACUGAUUUUACAUCAAUCUGUAGCAUUAGAUGGCUCUACCCCGGGUGGCAUGGCACAUCCUGUCCUGUAAAAAAAUUGUUACUGUUGUGGGAACUGCUUCUCUAAGCUGUGUAAGGCUGUCUAUAAAACAUUUCCAAAAUGUAUUUCUUUGUUACUGCCUCAUAGAGCAUAGAACAGCACCUGUGUUUAAAUUACACUUGUAAAGAUGGAAUCUGAUAAUGCUUUUAAUGAACAUUUGUUUUUUUUCUUUUUACAAAUGUAAGUGGUGGGGAAUUUGAUUUUUUUUACCCAUCUUUGAUAAACUGCUAAAAACAGAGAAGCCAAGUUACAAUAUACAAAAUGAAUGAGAAUACUAGAAUACUGUUCAUGAAAACUAGUGUUUAGUUAGC